AUGAGUGACGAAGAAAAAGAUGAGCUUCGUCAAAAUUUGAUUUCACGAGGCUACACCUCUCUUCUCGAAUAUGAUGAACUUGCAGCUAUUGGCAUCACUUUAUUUGGAACCAUUGAAGCAGCUAGCUUGUUUGGCCUAAAACCUAAUGAACUUUUCGAACGUAAUAUAAGGAUUUGUGCACGUACUGGCAUCGAAGCUGUAUACGAUGCCAAAGCUGUGACGUAUGGCCUACUUCUCUCUGAUUUUAUCAUUAAACAUGUUCCCGACAAGCAAGUUGUUGUCAUUGACCCUUUUCUUGGUUCGGGUAAUUUCUUGUAUAGCAUGGCAAAAUACACGAAAGGAUAUGCUGCAUUUGGAUUUGACAACAGCCAUCCAGUGUACGAACUAGUUGUGGCAAACUAUGCAAAACUUAAUUUUAACGCUCACGUAUUUUUCGACGAUUAUGCUAAUGUCAGCGAGCGAGUUCGACCGUUCGACCGUACAAACUUAAAGAACGAAAUGUUCGUUAUUGGCAUUGCUCCGCCUUGGGGGAAUGGUUUCGACUUCAAGACUGGCUUAAAUUUGAAUAAAACCACGCCGCCCUGUAAACAUCUAAUAGAAACCUACACGAAACAAUUCGCCGAUUUACCUAUCGUAUUUGUGAUACCUUUACCUGAGAAAGUCCACGAGGAGUCACUGACUGAGUUGCUCUCAAUGGCUUCGUUCUAUCAAAUCUUCUAUAAAGGGACUCGCACUGCUGUGUUAAUACUUACACCGUAG